AUCCAAUCAGCAGCCAGGUUGGAAAACACCAGUCAUCCAAUCAGAGCGUUCGACGUUUCGACGCGCUGGCAUAAUUUAUUUAAGCAGGAAGUCAUUUGCAUGCAUGGCGCGAAGUUCGAGCGUGCUGGUGGUGAUGAAGAAGAAGGUGGUCUGUUGAAUCAUGAAGGAACCCGUCCCCAGAACCCCAACGCUGACCAUGGCGACGCUGUUUGACGGGAUCAACCAGCAGCUGGACUUCUCCAGCUGUGGAGAAGACGGGAACAACAGUGACAACCCCUCAGACGACCUCGCCGCUCAGAUCUGCAGAACCCCCCGCGUGCAGCGCCACCGCAGCAGAAGCGACCCCUUCACCUCGCCGGUGCAGUGCGCCAGCCCCAUCCCGUACGCUUCCUGGAAGAAGCUGAGGCUCUGCGACUCUCCCAGCACACCAAAGAGUUUGCUGUCAAAGUCGACCCUACCUUUCUCCGGCAUGAAGAUAAGUCGCCAUCAGAGGAGUCUGCGGUUUUCCUGCACCGGUCUGAACGUCAUGCAGGUCCCUUCUGUUAACGUGAAUCCUUUCACCCCUGAGACGGUGCGCAGGAAGAGUGAGCAACACAUGAGCAACGGCGUUAGGAGUGAUGAAGAUGAUGACGGGUUCAGGUUGAAAACCAGCCUCACUUCAUCUGAAGAGGAAGAUGAGGCUUUUCUCCCAUCAAAGAGACGAGCCGUCCAGGCCUUCCCGCUGUCGCGCUAUGAGAGCGAGUUCCUGGAGCUGGAGUGCAUCGGCGCCGGCGAGUUUGGGGCCGUCUAUAAGUGCGUGAAGAGGCUGGACGGCUGCUUGUACGCCAUAAAACGCUCCCGACGACCCCUGGCUGGCUCUGCCAACGAGCAGCUGGCCUUGAAGGAAGUGUACGCACACGCCGUUCUCGGACACCACCCACACGUCGUCCGCUAUUACUCGGCAUGGGCAGAGGACGACCACAUGGUCAUUCAGAACGAGUACUGUGACGGUGGAAGUCUGAGCGACGCCAUCGGCAGGAAGGAGGCGCAGGGAGAGCCGUUCACGGAGGCCGAACUGCGAGAUCUGCUGCUGCAAGUCUCUCUGGGUCUGAAGUACAUCCACAGCUUAGGCCUCGUCCACCUGGACAUCAAGCCCAGCAAUAUAUUCGUUUGCCUGCGACGCGGCACGAAUGAGGCCAGUGAGGAGGAGGAGGAGGACGAAGGCUCUUCAGCUGGAGCCAUUUAUAAAAUCGGUGAUCUGGGUCAUGUGACGUCAACCAACGCGCCUCAAGUUGAAGAAGGAGACAGCCGCUUUUUAGCCAGCGAAGUCCUGCAGGAGGAUUACAGACACCUCCCGAAGGCGGACAUCUUUGCUCUGGGUCUUACCGUCCUGCUGGCCGCUGGAGCCCCGCCCCUGCCCCAAAACGGGGAUCAGUGGCACAGACUGAGGGAGGGGCAGCUGCCCGCCGUUCCACAGGAGCUGUCGCCGUCCUUCAGAUCUUUACUGCAGUUGCUGCUGGAUCCAGAUCCGGUCAGGAGGCCGUCGGCCAAGGAGCUCUGCAAGCACGCGGUGCUGAGGGAGAACCGGACCGAGAGGCUGGCGGCCAAACUCCGCAAAGAGCUGAAUGUGGAGAAGUUCAGGAUAUCUGUUCUUGAGAAGGAGCUCCAGGAGGCUCGCCGGGCGGCUCGGUCCCCAAAGGAAAACUUCUCUCCCGGGAUGAAAGCUGCCAUGUUGGGGUCUCUGCCGCGAGCCCGAAAGAGGCUGGUAGGCAGGAACACGGCCCGAUCCUUGAGCUACGGGUGUUCAGGUUACGCAGUCUGAUCUCCAGGCUCGCUCUGGAACCGUUAUCAGUUGUGCUUAAAACUGUAACUGGAGAAUCUUGCGGCGGCGAUGAAAACGUCAACUGUCAUGAGAGAGAACCGGUUCAUCGAAGGGUCUGUGGAUCCAAAUGUUUCCACGAGUGUCUCCUUUGACUGCUGUGGUGCAGUGUGUCAGACAUUUUUAUUUUUUUUUAUGUAAAUAAACGUUUUUUAAUAUUUUUAACCCCUUUUUUACUAAUGUUUGUGGUUGAUCUUCAUUUUAUCUUUAAUUGGUGUUCUUGGACAUUCAGUUUGUGGGGUAUUUGUUUACCAGGGAGGAAGGUACUUUCCAGCUGGAGGGUUUCCUUAUCACCUCACUGCAUGUGUUUGAUAGGAGUAGUCACUUUUUGAGUUCGUUUUUUAUUUUUGUAUUUCUACUUGACAGUUUGUGACAAAACUCACCAACAAUUCUGAUUGUUAUUUGGGUUUUCAAUUUAAAUGUUUUAUAAAAGAACUCAAUCUGCAAGUGUCAGUUUAUCACAAUAAAAUCCUGUUGAUUUUAUUUUCUUCUCCUAAGUGUGUUUGGUGCUCUAUGUUAAGUUCCUUACAUGUUGCAAAUAUCAAAUUCCAGAAGUGCAUGUCUUUGUGUCUUUGAAUGCAGCCAUGUUGGAGCCAGAGCUAAGAAACAGAUGUUUUUGAAUUCCAUACAUUCAUUU